AUUCAUUCCAACCAAACGGCAAACGCAACCCUAGGAAGCAAGCCCACAGGACCUCUCUGCUUCUGCGGUUUCGGCAUUGGGAUAUAGUCCCUACCAGACAGAAUCGAUUCCAGUCCAGGCUUCCAGCGCGAGAGGGAUCCAUCUCCGUUGAGUCGAGGCGGCUCCAACUCCGGCUCGUGGCCUCGCGGACCAACAUGGCCGCCCCUUCGCCCUCGCCGGUGGAGGCUACCCUACCGCCUGAGGCCGCGGCCGCCGCCGAGGAAGACCAGUGGGAUGCUGAUGGAUAUGUUAUUCCUAAUUUGCCCACUCAAGAUAAUGAUGUGGCUGAGCCUAGUGUCCCCAAAGAAAAAGAUCCUGAGCCUCUACAGGCAAACGAUGAGAAAAUAUAUCUGGGACCUCAUGGAGCUCCACCAUCUCAAGCAAAGCAGCAGGAGCUGAACACCGUUGGCCGCAAGCAGCGGUUCCGGAACAAGCUGAAGGAAGCAGAUAGGAAAUUCCCCGGCAAUGCUCAGGAGAACAAGGUGGAGAACCUAAGGGAGCUGAUGGGUGCUAGAGGUGGUACCAGCCUGCCUAAGAGCUCUCCUCGUGAUUGGCUCGAUCCGCACUGCCAUGAAUCUGAAUUCGACAGAAAACCAACUAGAUGACCGGCAAACGAUGCAGCGUGCGUUUACCUGAAGGUUGAUUACGCUGUAGCACUGGUGCGAGGUGUUAUUCGCCAAUAACAGAUACUUAUGGUUGACUAAUAGAUGAAGCAAAGCAAAAGGGUUUCUUGUGGUGUAAUUUAUCGGAGCUCUACUGUUCUCCAUGUCGCGUAAAUACUCUUAAUUCUCGGUUGUGCGCGUGUGUCGUUGCAUUUGCUAUUUACAUUGGAAAAAUAUAUGGAAACAAGUUGCUGUUGCGUAACUA